GUUAUACAUUUAGGCAAUUUGGAGGAAUAUUAACUUUGGAAUUGCCCAAAGGGUUUAUCAGAAGCUGCGUGUUGGUUCAAACAGUAGUGGCUAGUACAUGAUUCCAGGACAAGGACUGAAUCCAGGAGGAAAUCUGCUGAUUUGGGGCCUUCCAAGACUUCUAAGUGCUACUUUUUAGGUGAAGAGGGAAUUUCCUUUGACCUCUGUGCUAACAUUUCCUCCCUGAGGUCUCAACGCAAGGAGAGCUUGCAAUAGCUCCAUCUCGCCUCUUGGGGGCACUCUCGCUCCAUCCCAGAGCUCGCUUCAGGCAAUAGGGAAGAGACCAAACGUUCCCCCUCCCAUCACUUCCUCGUCAUUUCUGGGAACUUUUCUCCCAUCAUUCUCGGGACGGGAUUUACUUCGAAGAGCCGUAGGUCAUUUUUCGGUUUAAGACUUUGGCAACGGGAGAAGAGGGUGCCGGAGCUAGGUGCUGUGCUAAGCCUCCCUGAGACAUCAUGGCAGAGCAGAGCCCACCUCCCUAUGAUGGCAAGAAAACUGGACCUGCAGAUACAACAGAUUUGGAGUGUCUCGUAGAGGAAGAUGGGGGUUUUCACAUUGCUUAUUGGGUUGACAAGAAUGUCCGGCAAACUUUCAUUCGCAAGGUCUACAGCAUCAUCACCCUUCAGCUAUUGGUGACUGUGGGCAUCGUUGCACUCUUCACUUUUUCACACCCUGUGAGCUAUUAUGUGCAAAGGAAUAUUGCCCUGUACUAUGUAUCUUAUGCUGUAUUCUUGAUCUGCUACCUUGUGCUGGCCUUGUGUAGAAGCAUCCAGAGGCGCUUCCCAUGGAACAUAAUCCUCAUGACUAUCUUUACCAUGUCCACGGCAUUCAUGACUGGCACAAUCGCAAGCGUGUAUGAGACCAAGACUGUGAUCAUUGCCAUGAUCAUCACAGCAGUUGUAACCAUCACUGUCACUGUUUUCUCCUUUCAGACAAAGGUAGAUCUCACAACCUGGCGCGGUUUCUUCUGUAUCAUGGCCAUUGUCUUCAUGGUGACUGGCAUUGCCACUGCCAUUGUCCUGAGCUGCAAAUACAUGUACUGGCUCGACUUGCUUUAUGCGGCCAUUUCUGCUGUAGUCUUCACCCUGUUCCUUGCUUAUGAUACUCAGCUGCUGCUGGGGAACAGGAAAUACGCCAUCAGUCCUGAGGAUUACAUUUAUGGAGCCAUCCAGAUCUAUGUAGAUGUCAUCUACAUCUUCCUUUCCUUCACACGGCUUGUGGGCAGGAAUUAGGGACUGUGGGACCUGUACUUAGGGCCAGGACUUUGUCUCGGCAUUUGGGUGAAAAGGUUCUUCACCUUUCCCCUCUUCACCAGCACACGAGUCUGUUGUUUGCAUAGAUCCUAUACUGAUGGUACACAAAGUUGAUGUAUA